AUGCCAGGCAAUUCCGUUCUCCAGGGAUGUCUCAGCAACAUCAAGCACCAAUCUCACUUGAUGAAGGAGAGUUUGGCCGAGGGCCACUUGCUCCAGGCGUUGAAACACUGUUCCAACUUCUUGAACGAAUUGAGAACCAGUCAACUCACACCCAAAGAGUACUAUGAAUUGUACAUUGCCGUCUACGAUUCAUUGGAGAGUUUGUCGGCAUAUUUACUUCAGUCUUACAAGCUGAAGCAGCUGAAAAGCAAGGACGUACCCUUUUUGACCGACUUGUAUGAGUUGGUCCAAUACUCCGGCAAUAUUGUGCCUAGAUUGUACAUGAUGAUUGUGAUAGGAACAACAUACAUGUCAACCAAGAAUGCAGAAACCAAAGAGAUAAUGAAGGAUAUGAUCGAGAUGUGCCGAGGUGUGCAGCAUCCAAUCCGUGGUUUGUUCUUGAGAAACUACUUAUCGCAGAGAUCCAAGGAUUACUUUCCCUUGGCCACUCGCGAAGAUUUCAACGAAACGGUGGAUUUUUUGAUUACAAAUUUCAUCGAGAUGAACAAGCUUUGGGUGCGUUUGCAACACCAGGGCCACUCCAGUGAGCGAGAGUUGCGUACUCAGGAAAGAAAGGAGUUGAAGAUCUUAGUGGGGUCCAACUUGGUGCGCCUCUCCCAGGUCAUUGAUGACUACGAUGGUGGAGACGAGUACUCCAGCGAGCAAUUCUACAAGGAAAAUAUAUUUCCUACCAUCACUGAACAAAUCAUACAGUGUCGGGACCAUUUGGCCCAGAGCUAUUUGAUUGAUGUGUUGGUGCAGAUUUUCCCCGACAACUUCCAUUUCUUGACUUUGGAUAGCUUGCUCAACGAUGUAUUCCUUAAAUUGCAUCCCAUGUUGAAUAAGUCCGAGCUUGUGGAGACGCUUGUGAACCGUUUUGUUACGUACCACAAGUUUGAGGCAGAUAUGGUUGACAUCGAAGAAAGAACACAGGAUGUCGAAAUUGAAGAAAGCGAAGAACAGGCCAAAGAUAAGUUGGAGAAGUCGGAAAAGUCAGAAAAAGCAGAAAGGUCUCCUUCACCCGUGGUGCCUAUCGACGAUAUAUUCCAAUCGUUUUGGAACUUCUACCUCAAUUUGCAACAGGCCCAGCCCGAAUUACCUGUCGAGGAGUACAUCUCUAUUUUGCAGUCGCUCAUCAAGUUGUCGCUCACCUUCGACCCCAACAACUACUCGUACCUCAAUAAAAUUUACCUGUUUGCCAACGAGAAACUCGAGGAGGUUUCCAAGAGCAAAUCCGCCAGCAGCGACGAAGUUGUCCUGAGCUUAUGGUUGGACUUGCUUAUCACACCCGUGAGACAUUUUUCUUCGAUCAAGGGCCUAUUGAAAUUGCCAUUCUUUUACGAAUUGUACUCGCAAGUUGGAAAUGUUGCGUUCCAAAAGCAACUAUCAUUGGAGAUCGUGAAUAAACUCGUGGAAAGUUCUAAUGCUGAAUACGAUGGAGAAAAGGAGACCUACGAGACAACUGAAGAUAUCGAUGUUGUUUUUAAGUAUAUGCUCGUAUUGAUCAACGAUUCUGAUAGCCAGUUGAGUACCUCGAAAGAUUUGGGGUUGACCAAAUCGAUCAAGAUCGAAAACAACGAAAAAUUUGUUACUGAAGACUUUUUGUCAGUACAAGAGAAGAUCAGUAAGGUGAUCCAUUUGAUUGAGCAUCCAGACUUGUUCAAGAACUUGUCCAACUUAUUCUACGUCAAGAAAAAGUACUUGAGCAAGUGUCCUGCUAAUACUAUCUACACAUAUCCUACAUUAAUUACCAAAAUGACUGCGAAGUUGAGAAUUGCUGGAUACCAGGUUGUCAGGAAGAAAUCUCGUGACGGAGACCAAACAGAUUUGGUGAUCACAAGCAAUUUCAAAAACAUUUCGGUAGUAAUUGAUGAGCUUUACCUGAAUCACCAACGAUUCUACUCGGAAAUGAUAUUAAGGCUCUUCCUCAAUUUGGCAACGACUGCCGACCAAUUGAAGCAAGAAACAAUUGCCUACGAAUUGUUCAACCAAUGUUUCGUUGUUUACGAAGAAAACUUGAUUCUCAACUCGGCGCUGAACCAAUUGGUAAAUCCACACGAUUCAAUGGGUGGUGCAGUGUCGUAUCAGUCGAUCAUCAUGAUCAGCAACCGUUUGGCUAAUCUGCGGUACUUCAAUAAGGAGAGUUAUGAGAGUUUGAUCACCAAGAUCACCUUGUACGGAUCGAAGCUCUUGAAAAAGCAGGAUCAAUGUCGUUCGGUGUACUACUGUGCACAUUUGUGGUGGUGGUGUGAUCUCUGGAUCGGUGAACCUUCACCUACUGUGGAGGAGGAGUCCAAAAUAGAGUCGUCAGAAGGUAACGUGGAGAAACCAGUCCUCUACCGCGAUGCCAAGCGUGUUUUGGAAUGUCUUCAGAAAGCCCUCCGUGUGGCAGACUCGUGCAUGGAUCCAUAUCUACUGUUAAAAUUGUUUGUGGAGAUUUUGAACAGAUGCCUUAUUUUCAGUGUGUACGGCAACGGGCUUGUGGAUCUGAGAUAUAUUAAUGGGUUGAUCGAUCUUAUACGUACCAAUCUUGGCAAUUUUAAGGACGACUCGACUAAGGAUGAAGAUGAACAAGAGGCUAAGCUUCUUGGACAGAUUGAGCAGUUUUUCGAGCGGACUCUAUUAUACGUUGCGGAGCAGCAGGAAUUGGAGGAUCGGUUCCCUGAUAUCAUCGUUUGA